GCCCCCAAGGCCGAUGGGGCCCGGGCCUCGGCUUGUUGACCCGCUGUUGUUUUAUUUACAUACUAUGGAGCAGCAACUCGCGCCGUGUCGGUCCUCGGCCUCUUUGGCUCAGGGAACCGUUAGUUAGCGCCACCUUCUCCCGUCAAAGGUAAACCUACAUCUCGCCGACGAGCCCCAGUUGAUGAUCGAUCUGUCAUGGCGGAUAUCAGCCAGUUAAAGCGUCGGACAAGGGCCGAUUACGCGUACAUUCUUGAGUACCGCACUCGGUGGGCCGACAAUGACAUGUACAGCCACAUGAACAAUUCCAUCUACAACUUCCUCUAUGACUCUGUCAUCAACACUUAUCUGAUGGAGAAUUGCGGACUCCAUCCGGCGUCCUCUCCACAGUACGGCAUGGUCGUCCACUCUCACAACGACUAUUUCGCAUCCAUCUCGUUUCCCGCUUGUGCAGAGCUUGCUUUGCGGGUCAAUCGCAUUGGGAACUCCAGUGUUACUUACGAGAUCGCGCUAUUCGAAAAAGGGCAUGAAGCUGUCAAGUCUGUCGGCGAAUUUGUUCAGGUUUUUGUUGACCGAGGAACCGCGAAGCCGAACCCAAAAGGCAUGGAUGCAACAAUGCGUCAGGGGCUCGAGCGCAUCUUGGUGCAAAGUCGCCAAAGCAAAAUGUGAAAACCAGAGUUUAUUUAAGAGGGAUCGGUCUUUCACAACGAUACAGCGGUGUUUAAUGAGAUAUAAAGGUGUAGAUUUCGAAGUAUAUAGUUAAUGCAUCGCGUUCAUAGAUAUAUACAAGGAACAAUGGUAGGAGUAUAAGAGUAUAAA